AUGGAAUGGAGGUUACAAGCACUCAUGGGGAAGAAAAGGAAAAAUGAUGAGGAAGAAUUCGAAUUCGAUCCUGCUCCGAAACAUUUAGCCGCUCCAGGACACAUAAGAAAUCAAGAAAAACGACUAAUCAUAGUUCUAGAAAAAGCACAGUUAGAGACAGUAAAGACUGGGCAUUCUUUUGACCUUUUGAAUAGUGAUGAUCAUGCUAAUAUAUUGAAGAAAAACAAUCGCCCAGUUGGCUCCUGCCGACCAGACAUAGUGCAUCAAUGUUUACUUAUGCUUAUGGACAGUCCCCUCAACCGAGCAGGCCUUCUACAAGUUUAUGUAAGAACAGAAGGUAAUGUUCUAAUUGAAAUUAAUCCUCAAACUAGAAUACCAAGGACCUUCAAGAGAUUUGCCGGGCUAAUGGUUCAGUUGCUUCAUAAAUUUAGUGUGAGGUCUUCAGAAGCUGGCAUAAAACUGUUGAAAGUUAUUAAAAACCCAGUGAUUGACCAUCUUCCGGUUGGAUGUGUCAAAUUAGCCACAUCAUUUUCAUCCCAAAAAGUUGUGGAACCACGUAAAAUUGUUCCACCCAAUGAUCCAAUUACUAUAGUUGUUGGAGCAAUGGCUCAUGGGCAGGCGGUACCUGAUUAUGCUGAAGACACAAUAUCAAUUAGCAACUACCCACUCUCUGCUGCAUUAACAUGUGCGAAACUCUGUUCAGCCUUUGAAGAGGUUUGGGGAAUUGUAUAG